GGUAAUCUGUGCUAAUACUGGUUAAAAAACCAAUUUGUUAUCUAUGCUUAAGUUUAAAUCUUCAUCACGAAAAAUACAUUAACAUUUGAAAAUUCAACUCAGCAAUGACGUUGAACAAUCAGGCGGUCGAUCCGCCGCCUGAACAAAUUCAAUCGAAAAGCAUCAUCGUCAUACAUCCGGGUUCUCUCUAUUUGCGAAUCGGCAGAGCCUCGGACCUCAAUCCUUUAACGAUACUUCACGCGGUCGCCAGAAGGAGAAAACCCGGUGGAGUGGAGUACUCCGAUUCAUUCCUACCCGACCGAAUCGACCUAAGUCAAACCAAAGAGUUCGAGGAAGCCCGCCUGACAGUGUCCCAUACUUUGCAAUCGUGUCUCCAGUCGGACGGUCGGAGGCGGUACGCGACGCCACCCCAACAGAUAGCCGCAUUCAAUCGGAGGGUGGUUCCUGAAAUUGUGGGCGAUAGCGGAGGAGAAUGGAUUAAACCAGAGGGAGAUGUAGUCGUGGGGAAUGAUAUAUUUCGUUUAGACCCUAGAGAGGAUUUCAAUAUCCACUUUCCUUAUAAACGGGGUGACUUUAACGUUCACCAAGGUCCGGGAGGUUCCGUUACCGGAGUGCUAGCCCAUUUGGAGGCGAUCUGGACGCAUAUUAUCGAAAAUAACUUGUCUAUCAGCUUAUCAGACCUCAAAAGCUACAAGGCGGUGCUUAUAGUGCCGGACGUGUACAACAGGACAUAUUUGCGCGAACUUAUGUAUUUGUUACUCGCAAGGAUCGGUUUUGGCAGUUGUUUCCUUGUGCAGGACCAUGUGGCUGCUACUUUCGGAUCGGGCUUGAGUUAUGCUUGUGUGGUCGAUGUGGGCGAUCAGAAAACUUCAGUUUCGUGCGUUGAAGACGGCAUAUGUCAUCCGAAUACGCGCGUGCGUUUGGAAUACGGCAGCGGGGAUAUAACCCAGAUAUUCUUCUGGUUGUUGCAGAAGUGUGCAUUUCCCUAUAAAGAGUGCAGCGAUGCCAACAAGUUGGACACAAUGCUCUUGCGGAAACUCAAAGAAGACUUUUGUCACGUGAAUUUGAACGUGUGUGGGUCGCAAGAGAAGUCUUUUGUGCUCAAACAGCCAGGCAAGCCAAUAUCCCAUUACACUAUUCAAGUCGGUGAUGAGUGUAUCAUAGCCCCGUUAAGUAUGUUCAAUCCGGAGCUGUUUGGAAUUACUGGGCCCAAGCAAAUACACACGCAAAAGAUCUCGACGGGGGACCCGGAAGAUCCCCAUGAUGAGAUUUACCUCAGAGAUAUCAGGAAAAGAGGAAUGAAAGAAGAGUCGUCAGUGGCGGAACUGCUGAGUGAAAGUUAUAUAGAAAGUCAGCAAUCUGCAGUGAAUGAUGACGACAUAGUCGUCGACGCAAUGGACUCGGUUGCGCCAGCGUCUGUUAGGGAAUUUGUUACCAAUCCGGGACAGAUUCUGGGUCUGGAUCAGGCAGUCCUGCAAAGCAUUGACCGUUGCCCGAACGAGGACUUGAAAAGGAAAAUGUACGGAUGCAUCUUGGUGGUCGGCGGCGGCAUGAAAUUCAGCGGCAUCGCUACUUGGCUCCAGAACCGGAUUUCGCUGCAGAUUCCGUACUUGUACAGGGCCGAACAGCUCGAUAUAAUUACCAAUCCGAGAGACAUGGACUCGGCGAUGGUGGCUUGGAAGGGGGCGUGCAUCAUGUCCUGUCUUGAAACUGCCCAAGAACUUUGGAUAGAGUCCUCUGAGUGGGAAAAGUACGGGGUUAGGAUACUAAGGGAACGGGCUCCCUUCACGUGGUGAAAUGAACUAUUCCAAAGACGCGUUCAGUAUUUUUAUUUAUGCGGUCCCAUAAAAAAAGAUUACAGAUAAGCGGUUUAUUUCUUUUUUUUUUUUUCUACUCCCGUCUGUAAAAUACCUAAUUACCCACCGAUCUAGCGUGCGGGAAGCGUCACUUUACCACGUCAGUAUCCUUUCCCACGAAUCCGAGCCACUUCGGACAUUUCCGGGAUUUUACCGCACCGAUUUGGGAGCGAUCGGCUGUUUUCGGAGAUAUUUCCCACCCUAUGAAUAUUGACGUUUGUCAAUUCCGACGGUCAUGUCAGUGAAUGUAUUCGUGUUGUUUUACGAAAAUGUACCCAAAAACUAACGGUCGUAGAAAAAGUAUAGUAUGCAACACUUCGGUAAACUUUUUAACUCACUCGUUUAUUAAGCACUCACUCCGCUCGUGUCAAAUAAACUCGUGAGUUAUCUUCUAUAUUUUUGAGAUUAUAUUUUAUUAAAUUUCUGUUAAAAAAGACAUCGAUUUUUUAAAUUGAAGUAAAGAUUUUUAAGUUAAGGUUAUUUUAAUAUUUUAAUAAGUAUAUUUUUAAUUAACAAAACAAAAUUGAAUUCUAAAUAUCUGAAUAAUGAAAUAGGUAUUAAUGUAUAUUUUGAACUAAUUCGUAAUUGGUGGUUGAAGAUCCAUCCAAAACGCGAUUAACAACACUGCCGAAGUUUCUAUCGAUUUUUCGGUUCUUUUGAAAUAUACGCAAAUAUUUUUCCAACAACCAUUAUUGUCUGGUAAAUCCACUUUUAUCUCUUAUCUAUGAGUAAAUCCCAAAAGGAAUAACAAACAAGUUUACUUAUACCAAAUUGGUAAUAGGUUUUACAUUUUUUAAUUGCAUUAUGAUAUCACCAAAAAAGAUGGUGUUCUCGACGCUUUUUUUGAAGAAAAUCAUUUUUGGUGCUCGUGCUC